GGCGCCGCCCUGUGGACGGCUGGGCCUUGCCGCGGGCCUGCGCCUCCCUCGGCUCCGGCUGCGGGCCUCGGGGAGUGGGGUGGAAGAUGUCUAUGGAUGUGACAUUUCUGGGUACGGGUGCAGCAUACCCUUCCCCAACCCGGGGUGCCUCUGCUGUGGUCCUUCGGUGUGAGGGCGAGUGCUGGCUCUUUGACUGUGGGGAGGGGACGCAGACACAGCUUAUGAAAAGCCAACUUAAAGCAGGGAGAAUUACCAAGAUCUUCAUCACACAUCUUCAUGGAGACCAUUUCUUUGGCCUUCCUGGCCUCCUUUGCACAAUCAGCUUGCAGAGUGGUUCUGUGGUCACCAAACAGCCUAUUGAAAUCUAUGGCCCUGCUGGGCUUCGAGACUUUAUCUGGAGAACCAUGGAACUCUCUCAAACAGAGUUGGUCUUCCCCUAUGUGGUCCACGAGCUGGUGCCUACAGCAGAUCAGUGUCCUCCAGAAGAACUAAAAGAAUUUAUGCACGUGAAUAAAACAGACAGCCAUCCCAAAGAGGGACAAGGAAGAACUAUCCUUUUAGACUCAGAAGAAAACUCAUACCUUUUGGUUGAUGACGAACAGUUUGUUGUAAAAGCAUUUCGCCUCUUUCACCGAAUUCCCUCCUUUGGGUUUUCAGUUGUGGAGAAGAAACGCCCAGGUAAACUCAAUGCACAGAAACUAAAAGACCUCGGUGUGCCGCCAGGUCCUGCCUAUGGGAAGCUGAAAAAUGGAAUUUCUGUUGUUCUGGAAAAUGGAGUUACAAUUUCUCCCCAAGAUGUCUUAAAAAAGCCUAUUGUUGGAAGAAAAAUCUGCAUUUUGGGUGACUGUUCUGGGGUUGUGGGUGAUGGAGGAGUGAAGCUGUGCUUUGAGGCAGACCUGUUGAUCCACGAAGCAACCCUAGAUGACACGCAGAUGGACAAAGCGAAGGAGCACGGCCACAGUACACCACAGAUGGCAGCCACGUUUGCAAAGUUGUGCCAAGCGAAGAGGCUAGUUCUGACUCACUUCAGUCAGAGGUACAAACCAGUUGCCUUGGCCAGAGAAGGAGAAACAGAUGGGAUUAUAGAACUAAAAAAGCAAGCUGAAUCAGUGUUAGAUCUCCAAGAAGUGACUCUAGCCGAAGACUUUAUGGUGAUUGGCAUUCCACUCAAGAAAUGAACCCGGUAUUCCGGGAUGCAUGCUGACAUGUCCGUGAAUA